AUUUUUGCAGACUUUUUGGCCGGCGCCGUCUGUGGCGCUAGGAGCGCCACGCGUCACGAAACUCACGCAACUGGUCGGCACCGACGCGCUGUCGACGCGUGCGGCCGCGCGGGCAGCCCCAUAAUGAUCACCAAAGUGCCAUGAGGGCAGCACUGCUGCUGCUCCUCGCCCCGCUGCACGCGCAGCAGCGCCGCACGAUCAACGACGUCGUGAGUACGCGGCCGAAGUACUCGAUCAACGACGUCGUCAGCCGUAAACAAUCAAGAGGCCGGCCGCGCGUCGGUAUCGCAUACACGCGCAACGAGGUGACCGCAGGACCGAACGGCCACACGGAGGAACACCACGUCUUUGAACUAAGGAAUGCCGUGUUAUCCGCUUUAUCUGUCAAGCGCGCGGCACCCGCACUGCCCGUGGCGUUGUUUACGGAUCUGAGCGCGGCCGAGGUCAAAGCUGCCGCGAGGCGUCUCUUGAACGACACGUCUCACCGACGCGUCUUUGACUACGUGCUGCCCAAUGCGCAGUUCAAGCCGAGAAAUGAGCAAGAGGCUCGCCUGUUGAAGGGUGGUGGCGACGCCGUGGUGCUGCGGCGGAGGCAGAAGCUCCGCUCGCGACUGGGGCGGUUGCUGAAUCUCGCGGGGAAGCCCUUCGACCUCACUUUAUUUGUCGACGACGACACCUACUUCUGCCCGUCGCCGGAGCAGAAAUGCGAGCGCUACGGCUGCUCGUCGCCCGAUAGGCCUCUCGUGCGUGUCUUGAGGCAUCUGUACGCCACUAGAAAAGUCUACGACGUGCGGGCCACGGUCUUCGCGCGAGAUGCGAAGGAAGGCGUGCUGCAGAACGAGGCAAAACGCUGCGUCUGGUCUCGAGCCGCAGACAGGGGCUUCUCCGCUACCUUAGAGGCCCAAUGUCUGGAACGAGCGGCCACGCGCCGGUCGGCCUGCGGCGGCGCGCAGGGCGGCGCCAUGGCCGUGUCCGCCGGCGACCGCAGUCGACAAUUUGUGCGGGACUGGGUCGACGCUUACUUAAGGCAUUGGACGAAGCAGGCCACGCGGUUAGGUGCGGGCAAGUAUGAUGAGAGGGAAGCUCGGACGUUUGCGUCAGAUCAGGGGCCUUUGUUGGAUGUGGCGCAGACGCGGUGCAAGGAAGAAGAAAGUACGAAGCCUAAAUGGAAGCUCGGCGCCCUGCCACGAACCAUGAACGUGAGGGACGCGGACGCGGCCCCGGACUGUAGGAACUCGGUGUUCGGUCCUGUAUUGUUCUUGCAUCAGAAGAAAUAUGUCAGAGGCGGGUCGAUCCCCGAAGCGGUUCAGAGGCUCGACGGCGUGUGUCGGAGGGUGAACCGGCCUUUACAUGAUGGCGGGCUCUCGUGGAAAAACAAGACCAAACCGCCUUUUGAAUGUGGUUGGAUGUCUCCCAGAGGCGCGCCGGCGGGGACGCCUUUGCUUUAGCGUCUGCGCGAUGGCGUCGAGAUUCCACGCCAUCGACGCGGCGUUGUC